AAUUAUAAGUUUAUAUUCGGUGUGUUCCAAAAGUAAAAUGACACAUUUUGCUUCGACUGUUUGAAUGACUGUAUUUGUUUCGGUUGUAAAGUUAUAUCACGCACGCACGCACGCACGCACGCACGCACUCACGCACGCACGCACGCACGCACACACGCACGCACACACGCACGCACACACACAAACAAAUAUACACACUUCUUUUCUCUCUCCAGAUGCUACAAGGGCUUUUCGUGGAGUCAAAGAAGAGGUUGAUCACAUGACUGCUGUGACGAGAUGUAACGACCUUGGUAUGACCUUGGCUGUCGUAGAUUCGGAAACGUCGUUGACGUCGAUGAAGGCUGUUGUGCCGGCCGAAGCCGGGGUCGAGUACUGGAUCGGACUCAAAUAUACAUCCGGGACCUUCUGGUGGGCAGACAACUCUGUGUUGACCUGGUCACGGUGGAUCAGGGGCGAGCCGAACAAAAUGGAUACGAACCAGCAGUGCGUCGCCACCAACAACGACGACGGCUACCUCUGGUACACCCGAGAAUGCACGAGACCGCACAACUACAUCUGCAGCAGAGACUUGGACAGCGAGUACUUUACAGAAAGGUUCCAUGAAGCUCCUGCAGUAGAUCCUGUGACGUCAUUUCCGGUUGUCAACCGGAUGCACUGUGUGGCCAGCUGUCGUCGCGACCCUGACUGCUACUUUGUGACCUUAAGGGUCAGUGAUGGGGUCAGCACGUGCGGCAUGUACCCAUUCAGCACAUUCCUGGCCGGUCUCACCACCUCGUCAAGUGACUCCUGGAUACCCGUGUACCUGUGACUGGAUACCCGAGUACCCGUGACUGGAUACCCGAGUACCCGUGACUGGAUACCCGUGUGCCCGUGACUGGAUGCCCGUGUACCCGUGAUUGGAUGCCCGAGUACCCGUGACUUGAUACCCGUGUACCCGUGACUGGAUGCCCGAGUACCUGUGACUGGAUACCCGUGUACCUGUGACUGGAUACCCGUGUACCCGUGACUGGAUGCCCGAGUACCCGUGACUUGAUACCCGUGUACCCGUGACUGGAUACCAGUGUACCUGUGAUUGGAUACCCGUGUACCUGUGAUUGGAUACUCGAGUACCCGUGACUGGAUGCCCGAGUACCCGUGACUGGAUACCCGUGUACCCGUGAAUGGAUGCCAGAGUACCCGUGACUGGAUACCCGUGUACCUGUGAUUGGAUACCCGUGUACCUGUGAUUGGAUACCCGAGUACCCGUGACUGGAUGCCCGAGUACCCGUGACUGGACACCCGUGUACCCGUGACUGGACACCCGUGUACCCGUGACUGGAUACCCGUGUACCCGUGACUGGAUACCCGUUUACCUGUGUUUGGAUACCCGUGUACCUGUGAUUGGAUACCCGAGUACCCGUGACUGGAUGCCCGAGUACCCGUGACUGGACACCUGUGUACCCGUGACUGGACACCCGUGUACCCGUGACUGGAUACCCGUGUACCUGUGAUUGGAUACCCGUGUACCUGUGAUUGGAUACCCGAGUACCCGUGACUGGAUGCCCGAGUACCCGUGACUGGACACCCGUGUACCCGUGACUGGACACCCGUGUACCUGUGAUUGGAUACCCGUGUACCUGUGAUUGGAUACCCGAGUACCCGUGACUGGAUGCCCGAGUACCCGUGACUGGAUACCCGAGUACCCGUGACUGGAUGCCCGAGUACCCGUGACUGGACACCCGUGUACCCGUGACUGGACACCCGUGUACCCGUGACUGGAUACCCGUGUACCCGUGACUGGAUACCCGUGUACCUGUGAUUGGAUACCCGUGUACCUGUGAUUGGAUACCCGAGUACCCGUGACUGGAUGCCCGAGUACCCGUGACUGGAUGCCCGAGUACCCGUGUACCCGUGACUGGACACCCGUGUACCCGUGACUGGAUAUCCGUGUACCUGUGAUUGGAUACCCGUGUACCUGCGAUUGGAUACCCGUGUACCCGUGACUGGAUGCCCGAGUACCCGUGACUGGACACCCGUGUACCCGUGACUGGAUACCCGUGUACCCGUGACUGGAUACCCGUGUACCUGUGAUUGGACACCAGUGUACCCGUGAUUGGAUACCCGUGUACCUAUGAUUGGAUACCCGAGUACCCGUGACUGGAUACCUGUGUACCUUUUGUGGUCGGAUGUAAGAUGUGACACUAUCCACUUUGUGUUCGACUAGGUAGCGAAACGAUGAAUCCUCUUUGUCAUGAUUUUUAAGUCACAUUCUAUGAUGUGGAUAGUAUACAAGCUUCGGGGUAUUGAUGGUAUUGGCAAAUUUAUAUAUUUUUUUGUUUUCUGAGAUCACCCUAGUAUAGAAAAAUGUCGUCGGAGUGAGCGAGUUGUGUUUUACGAAGCUUAAAUAAUCCUUUCCAUGCUUCAUAAUCUUGUUGCAUUGUUCUACCACCAGGUCAAAGAUAUCUCGUCCCAAAGGUUAAAUCUAAAAGGCCCAAAACAUAUAUUAUACCAGUAAGCGAAACACUUUUUAAUAUAUAUUGUCAACGUCUCGAUUAUUUGCCGAAACAAUUCAACUGAGCGUAAAAGGCAAAACAGUUGUGAAAAUUAUAUUAAUUGAUCACUGAAAAUCAGUCAUGACACCAGGUUUUGGCGAAAAGGGUAAGCAUGUCCUGCUCUACCGG